UAUACUUCAGUUUUUUUACAAGUCCUUUUAAGAGUUCGAUACAUUUUAACAAUGAUGCGACGAAAAAGGGUACAUACCUUGAAGAUUAUUCAAGAUCAUUCAGAAGAUUUUACAUUUUUCUACUAUUUGCACAUAGUAUUUUCUACAUAUGGUGUCAAAUUUAUAGGGUGGUUUAAAAUCUACCCGUAAAAUGGCUAAAAAAACCACACCAGCUGCGUUGCAAACUGAAAUUGUUAAUAACGAUGAAUGGGAGAAAUUGCUCACAAAACCAGGUUUAAUAGUAGUCGAUGUAUAUUCCGAAUGGAGCGGGCCUUGCACGGGAAUGGUGAGCAUCCUCAAGAAAAUCAAAAUGGAAAUCGGAGGCGAUGCUUUAAGUUAUGCCACG